AUGAAUUUGCCGUUGGAAUCUUUCACUGCUCAUCCCAAUGAAAACGAGCGAGAUGGGCGUUUCCCACUUGCCCUGUUGCUCGAGACGGCGCAUAAGAAGAUGCACCCAAACCCCAACCGGCUAAAACAAACCGUUCUGUCAUGGACUCAUUUGCUGGCCAACUUUUACGCUGGGGUAGCAUCCGAAGCCCAGAGCAACACAGGAUAUCGAGAUAUACGUCGAGGCCACGAAGAUCAUGUUUUAAGCGGCGUCCCGCAUGUUGUUUUUCUGGGAAUUUCGUUCCAAGGAAAUUGCGCUGGGCAGUCCCGGCGUGGGCGAGGGAAGACACCGGAUGUGAUGGAUGCGAAUACACCUGAAUCAUCGGUGGUGGUGGAAGAUAUUCCCACAACCCCAACCAAUGCUUCAGGAGGGAUUGCUAACCACGAAGCGAAGUUCUUAAAGGGAUAG